AUGCGCAGCCGCGUCUCGCUCGCAUCUGACGGCUUUGUUCGUAAAUACACAGCGUACAAGGGUCAAAGAAAAUCUAGCUAUGAAUUGAACGAAGCAGAGAAAAAACAAAAUAAUGACCUCAUCGAGACAUUGAGGAAGGAGAUCAAACUGCGCCUGUCUGAACUGACGCAGGCACGAGAGGUGAUCAGCGACGAGGAGGCGCAGAUAAAGAAAUAUCUAAACGAUGUAUGCCCAUUGGGCAAUAAGACACAAGACCAAAUUAUAAAUAAUCUUGAUCUGAAAGUGAUAGACCAAAGAAAAAUGCUUGAUCUACUGAAGUACGAAAAGAAAAGCAAGAAAAAGAGACUCACUGAUUUAGAGAAGGAAUAUGAACAUCUACUCAUAGAAAGCACUAGAAGUGAACUGCACGCAUCACAUCUUGAAAAUGAAAUCCACAAAGUGCUCAUACAAUGGACUGAAGCAGAGUUAGUGAAGAAAAAAUAUUUAACGAUAAGGCAAGCACUGAUCGAUGACUCUGUGAAAUUUGAAAGCUCAUUAUCUCGGGUUGAAGAACUGUUAAAUAAACAGAAGGAGGAAAUUGCCAAACUAGAGCAAGUUCGUGAAGAAGCAGCUGAAAUGCGAGUGCGCGCUACAUCUGCUACGGCGGCGGAGGUGGCGCGUGCGCACGACGCAGAACACGCGCGAGUUUCAGAACGCGCAUAUUUCGCGCAACCACGUGUAAUAGUACGUCAAGAAUCAACAAGGUCUACUGAAGGAGAAGCAGUCACUGAGGAGACAUCGGCUGCAGCACAAAUGGAAGAGAUUUUCCAGAGGCUAAUGAAGCUUACAGGUGUAACCGACACCGAGGAAGUGUUUGACAGAUUUCGAGCUCAAAGAGAAACCAGCAAGAGGCUCGGCUACUUACAGAAGACCACUGAGGAGGAGAAACUCGACCUGGAGUCCACUCAAACCUCUCUGAUGGCUGAAUUGGAAGCAUUCAAAUUUGCAUCAGUCAAAGACAAAGAUGAAGGUCAAGAGUUAAUCAACGAGCUGAAAGAAGAAAUAAGUAAAGAACAGGAGAUACAUAGAGAGCUGGAAGAAAAACUUGAGAAACUAGACACGAUACUGUGCGAGAUAAAGAGACUUUUAUAUGAUCUUUGUAAAAUAUUGGAUGUAAGUAAUUACUUAUAUAUUAUUUGAUAUAAUAGGGGCUCGAUGGAACAAUGAUUAGCACGCUAGGUCUGCAAUACUAUUGUUAAGCAACUUAUGCAAAGGCCGGUGACCAAAAAAAUUAUUAUCUCGAACUCCUCUGUGCUCCGGAAGGCACGUUAAGCCAUUGGUCCCGGCUGCAUCUGCAGUAAUUAAUACUCACCAAUCCGCAAUCCCACGUGGUGGGGACAUGUAUAGGCUGGUGAUGGAAGUAAAUAUUACGAAAUUACAUUGUUUCAUUGUUGA